AUGGCUUUUGAAGCCACCAGCCCGUUCUUGAACUCAUUUGGGGCAUCGAAGGUGGCACCGGCUUCCGAGAUGCAGCCCGUGCAGACGCUUCCAGCUCCCUGCGCCGAACACGUCGAGGUGCUUCCAGAUGAUCUCGUUGAGACUUCAGAGCCGCAGAACCUGGAGGCCGAUGCGCAGCUCGCGCAGGACUGGCUGGCGCCAGCGGAGCAUCCGGUGGCUGUCGAGGAAUUCAUCCCUAUGGAGUCGACCCGGCAGCCAGAUGCAGAGGCGCAUGGGGAAUUGGCCUUCGGAGGCUCCGAGGUCGCCACAGCAGGGCCCGAGGAGCCCCGGCUGGAAAUGCCAGUGGAGCAAUCCAAUGGCCACGGCAGGGAGGUCUUCGAGGGAGGGAUGCCGCAGCCCGUGCACGCGAACGGCGGACCUGGCCAUGGCGAGGAGCCGGAAGAACCUGCUCAAGAGGAGGCUGGGUUUUUGCCGGACCUCGCGGCCAACGGACGCGAGCCCCACGAAGUGCCCGAGGAAGCACCGCCGCUCCAAUUCGAAGCUCAAAGAGUUGAGCAGCACAGUGAGCCGAGCGAGGUGGUGCAAGUGCGUGCAGACUACGAGGCGCGCCUGAUGGGUGCCGUGCAGCAAAUUGCGCACCUACAGGCCCGCAUCGAGGAGCUCGAGUCCGAGGCUGCGGCAGCCAAGGACGUGGAGCUGCAGCUCUCCGAGAAGAUGGGCUGCAUGACGAUGCAGCUGACGGAGGCGCAGGCGGCACGGCAGCAAGCAGAGGCCGCCUCAGCCCAGCUGCAGCGUGAGGCCGACCAGCUGCGGCAGGAGGCGUCCGCUGCAUCUGAGCGGGCGCGGGCGCAGGCCGCCGAGGCGUCUGAUGCAGCUUUUGGGCAGGUGAGGGAAGAGAUGGAGCGCGAGCUGGAGCAUCUCCUAAAACAGAAGGAUGAGCAGCUGCGUGCCAUCGAGAGCAAAUUCGCCACCAGCGAGCGCAGCCGGCAGAAUGCCACGAGGGACCUGGAAGCCCUCACGCACGAAGCGGACGCGCUGAAGCAAGAGUUGGAGCGGCUGCAUUCGGACUCGGCUGGCCGUACCUCCGACCACGAGAGGUCGGUGGAACAGCUUACAGCCGACUACCAGCAGCAGAUUGCUGAGCUGGAGGAGAGGCGCGACAUCGAGGAGCGGCAGAAGCACGAGCUCGCGCUGAAUCUCCGCAGUGUGGAGGAGAGGAGCCGCAGCGAACUCGCACAGCUCGAGGCGCAAAAGACGCAGCUCGAGCUGCAAAGUGGAGCGCUGCAGGUGCAACCGACCCCGCUCCUUUGCUCCAGACGUGUUUCGGGGUUCAUUUCGGGGGGAUCUCUCUGUCAGGUUGGAGGCAUGAGGUAG